CGGCGGCCGCCAUGUUGUUCUGACUUCCUGCAGAUAUUUUUUUACUUUGCCUGGAAUCUUAUUUUAGUGUGCUCUGCGUGCAAAAUAUCUGAGUUGGUGCAGCGAUCGUGGCAGUUGAAGCUCUCAAAAUGUUCGGCAAGUGAUCGUAGAGAACACAUUGGUACUAUUACACUAUGGACCAUGAAAUUGACACUGCAAUAUUAAAAAGAUUAAAAGAACAGUUUCCUGAAAUACCAACAAGUGUAGUGUGUAGCUGUAUUCAACAGAAUCAAAAUAGUUAUCAUCAUUGCGUUGAUGCGCUUGAAAAGGAGAGCAUUAGAUACAUGUAUGGACCAUUUGAGAGUGCUUCAAGCAUGGACAUGUCAAACCAGUUUCAGAAUUUACAUCUUAACCAAAGCGAGCAAAAAAACCACCAAGGUUCUAAUAGUUCAAAAGGUGGUUUGGGACAUAGUGCCAGUUUUGAAUCUGGGACAGCUACUAGUAAUGAACAGUUUUAUCCAACACUGGAGGCACAAUCUGCUCCAGUUGUGUCAAAUUUUCGUCCUUUUAGUCAUGGGUGUCGGAACAGUCCACCAAAAUAUACUUCAACGUACAUGACAAAUGUUCCUCGAGUGCAACCGCGGCAGCAGCAGAAUCGACAACAACAACAACAACAACAACAACAUUUAUCCCAAUAUACCCACAGUCCAUCACCUGGUCAGUUUAAUACUUCUUACAAUAGAAGUCCAUCUGGCAGCUUCUCUAACACAACACCUAAUGCAACUACUGUAGGGACUUACGGCUAUAAUCAGUCUCCAUCACAAUACUCCAGUACAUCGCAGCAUCAAACCUAUCCAAACAUGUCGCAUUAUGAGACUCCCGGCUCGAGUUCCUCACAUCAACAGUACACCUCUCCUGGCAGUUCAAGGCUCAGUACGUCACCGCAGUAUGUCAAUGUAGCGCCGAAUACGUCUCAACACUAUACCAGUCCUGGCCACAGCUCAUCUCAGCAGUAUGCCAGCUCUAGCAGUGUUGGACCAUCGCAACAUUAUACGAGUACAGCUCCUCCCAGUACAUCACAACAAUAUGCCAGCCCUGGCAGUGUCAGCGCCAGUACGUCGCAACAGUAUGUGGUUGCAGCCAAAGUUGGGCACCAACCGAACUAUACAAGUCCAGGUUCUACACCCAAACAUUACAACCAUUACUCAACCGCUUCAUCAGAUGUGAUUCCAUACCAGCCUAUCUCACUUUUCCAAGGUGGAAGCACAGGAACAUUUACGCAUCCACGGGAUACAACUUACGGUAGCGGUCCCACUCAGAUUCAGAGACAUUACACUGGCACUUCUGGUGCCAUCUCGCCGCAGCCGCCUCCACCAUCUUAUAGCUCAUCACAUUAUUUUCCUAUGAAUCAACCCCAAACAAAGCAGCAAAAUAGAGCUUCCUAUCCACCAAGUUCAUUCAGUAACUACAAUGUAAGGUAUCAAACACAGUACAGUCUGGAUCCCUCAGCUGCUCCAGGUAGUACAAACAGUGGACAACAACAAAGUGUAGUAAGUUCUGUGAGGUACAUUCCUUCACAAUCAUCAAGGGCAUCUAAUUUAAGUUCUAGUCCAGCUGAGGAAAGUUUAUUAAAUCGCAGUAUAGAAGGCACUGCAACUCCGCCUCCUCCAAUACAGCCAUUGUCACCUGCAUCUAGCCAUAGUAGUCUGUUAGAGAGUCCACUCGAUGAUCAGCAAGCAGCUACUUCAGGAUUAACAAAGGAACAAGAAGACUAUGCAUAUACACAAGCGUUGCUAUUACACCAAAAGGCCAGAUGUGAUAGACUUAUACGAGAUUUAGAAGUUGAGAAAAAGACGUUAGAAAAUUUCAGGAGAGAAGUUGAAGGUUUAGAAACUGAGUUAAUGGAUAGAAAAGUCCGAAGCUCACAAUUGCCAAGGUUAGAGCACAUUGCUAGAUUAAGAGCUGAAAAUAGAAUGUUACAAACAGAUAUCAAUUGUAUGUCAAAAGAAGUUGAAGUCAUAGCCAAUGAGAACGAUGCUGAACAGAGUAGUAGUUUUUAUGGAAAUUUUACAACUGGUGCUCCUGGUCCAGUUCCGCCCAAACCACCAACACCGUCAAAAUCUGCCCAUUCGAUGAUACCACCAGCACGACCACCUCCACCGUUGCCAGCGAAAAAACCGCCGCCGCCACCACCAGUCAAGACGUCAGACCCUGAUGAAGGACAACAGUGGAGCUGCGUGCAUUGUACUUUUUUAAAUCAUCCCGCGUUGGACAAAUGUGAAACGUGUGAAAUGCCACGGGUUGUGUAG